UUUCUCAUUGAAUUAAAAAAACAUCAAACAGCAACCAUGGUGCUAAUUGAAGAAAUAUUUGAAAAAGCUUGCGAAGAGACUAAUCUCUUGAAUCCCGAUGGUCCCACUUCAACCCCAUUAGGCAAGCAAGGGAGCCUCAAACCUUUUAUGAACCUUUCUCGUGAGCAGUGUCAAAUUCUGCUUGCCCUCUAUCAUGUGGUCGAUCCGUCGAUCGAGGCGAAGGUUCCCAUUCUUUUCCCAGAGAUGGCUCGCAAGUUUAUAGAGGAUCGCAAAGAACGCAACUCUAACCUUUCUAAACUCAAACGAGGACCUGAAGUUUUCACACAGGAGGUUCUCAAUCUGCAGGAAAUUCAAAAAGCGGUCUCAGCAGCCUAUAUUGCAAAUGAUAUGGAUCUUGGAAAGGCACAAAAAUAUCUCAACAUGAAGCCUCGUGAGACGCCUAUGGAUCAAUUGACUGUUCAGGAAGUGUUGACUCAGGGCUUACUCUUGGCCGGCUUCCGUGAUAAUGGUGUUAACGGAGGCGAAGCACCAAAGUCACCACUGGCUGCGCCCAACUUUAGAGAAGCCAAGGCCUACUACGACUAUGCGUUCGAUAAAUUCAAUUUUUCGUUGGCUGCUGUUCAGUUGGGAUCGUUUUAUUUCCACGAGCAUAAGGAAUGUCAGGGUCGACACUGUUUGGAGGGCGAAGAUCCAGAACAGAUUUCAUUUGAUUACUACCUCAAAGCUGCUGAGGUCGGUAAUCCCAUGGCUAUGCAUAAAGUGGGAUGGUACUAUGACCAGAAAGGUCAAUGGCACAAGGCUAUCGAGUGGUAUAACAAGACUGCUGAUGAUGGUUAUCCGGAUUCGGCGCACAACCUGGGUAUGAUCUAUCAGGAGGGCAACGCUAAUGUGACUCCUAAGCUAGAGGUUGAUUUGGACAAGGCGAUUGAAUACUACACUCGUGGAUUGCAGUAUGGCUAUGGCCCAUCUGGAACACAACUAGGACGAUUGUUCUUCCAGUUAGCAACUGAUAGGGAGUUCCGUCAAAAGUUGCCCUCGAGCAGUCAGUACCAUAGUUCCGAGCCUCAGGAAUAUUUCCAGACAGCGAUUUCAUAUUUCAACCAGGCGAACCAUUUACUUGAGGUUGAGUCGCUUCAAUUCUUGGGAAUGAUUUAUGGCAGCAAGGACUUUGGUCUGUACAACAUUGAUAGUGCACAGAAUUUGUUUGAAUUGGCCUUUAUGGCCUCGAAUGGAAGUCAACGGUCGUUUGAACUCUUAUGCAAGAAAGUGGAUUCAGAAGGACUGAAGACUUGUGCAGCCAAGGAUUGUGAAAACAAAGAGACUAAGAAGGAUCAAUUUCAGCGAUGUGGAGGAUGCAAAAAGAAAUAUUAUUGCUCGCGCUUGUGUCAGAUUGAGGACUGGAAAGCACGCCAUAAAAAGCAAUGCAAGAAAUGA